CCUUCAGGAGACCAGCAAGGUCCUGCGGAGAAGUUGUACGAGAAAGGAGCGGGGCAGGGAUGCAGAGAGGAAGGGGGAAGAGAGAAGGAGGAAUGAGGGUGUGCACGUGGAAUCCACCAAAGCGCAUUCUGUGUUCUCUCCUGGAAGCUCUGCUUGCUGUUCCCUUUUCCUGGCGUGCUCCCUCAGCGGUCUGCACCAGCGCCGGUCUGCUCGCAGGGGGCCUCAGAGAAUACGUAUCUGACAUCCCAGGAAGAUAAGUGUGCAUGCUGAGAUGGGCAAAGGACAUGUAAUUCCUUAUAUUAAAUGGCAGGAGGGGUGGGUAAACUUAGGGAUAGUGAAGACAAAAACACAUUGAUCAAGAACUUUCUUCAUAUCUCAGAACCCAUCCUCAGUAAGAAUGUCUGAGAGGGUUGACUGGUUACAAAGCCAAAAUGGGGUGUGCAAAGUUGAUGUCUAUUCACCUGGGGAUAGCCAACCCCAGGACUGGAAAAUGUCGGAUGAAUACUUGUCUGUUUUUAAGGAAGCCUCAACUGAUCCUGUCAGAGUGCUCAGCUGGCUCCGCAAAGACCUGGAAAAAACUACAGCAGGGUUCCAAAGUGUUAGGUUCAAGCCUGGAGAAUCAUCGCCUGAUGGGGAAAUGACCAACUCAGAAGACCCACAGAAGGGUUUCACUGUGGACUACUACAAUACCACCAACAAGGACAAUGCAGGGAGAUUUCAUUUUGAGAUGACUCACAAAGAAAACCCUCUCGCAGGGUCCAGUGCCCAAGAUGAUAAUGGGAGUACAGUGGAUGAAGUUUCCUUCUAUGCUAACCGCCUCACUAAUUUAGUCAUAGCCAUGGCCCGCAAGGAGAUCAAUGAAAAGAUCGAUGGCUCUGAGAACAAAUGUGUUCAUCAGUCAGUGUACAUGGGGGAUGAACCUCCCCCUAACAAAAGCCUGAGUAAGGUGGCAUCAGAGCUGGUGAAUGAGACUGUGUCUGAAUAUUCUAAGAAUACUACCUCAGAUAAGGUUCCUGGCUCUGGUGACAGAGUCUUAGGAUCAUUGCAGAGUCCCUCAAAUUUGAGAUACAAGACCACUUUGAAGAUCAAUGAAUGCAAGGGUCCAGAUGGCAAGCCUAGUUCUAAGAAGUCUUUCUUCUAUAAAGAAGUGUUUGAAUCUCAUAAUGCAGGUGAUUCCAAAGAGGGUGCAAGGUCCUUACCUGGGGAGAGAAAGAUGUUCAAAGGGCAAGAAAGGCCUGAUGAUUUUACAACUUCUGUUAGUCAAAAGAUCAUGACCUAUGCUAACAGUGUGGUGUCUGAUAUGAUGGUCUCCAUAAUGAAGACUCUGAAAAUCCAAGUGAAGGACACAACCAUUGCCACCAUCCUUCUGAAGAAGGUACUGCUUGGGCAUGCAAAAGAGGUAGUCUCAGAUCUCAUUGACUCCCUCAUGAAGAACCUCCACAAUGUCACAGGGACCCUCAUGACUGAUACAGACUUUGUCUCGGCUGUGAAAAGAAGUCUCUUUUUUCAUGGAAGCCAAAAGGCCUCAGAUAUUAUGGAUGCUAUGCUGUGGAAGCUAUACAGUGUGAUGUUUGCCAAGAAACCUCCUGAGAAUAUCAGGAAAACCAAGGACAAGUCUGAGAGUUAUUCCGUGGUCUCCAUGAAAGGAAUGGGUGGUCCUAAAAACCAAAAGGUAAAUUUUGCAACAAUGAAAUCUGAAGGUAAAUUGAAGGACAGAGUGUACUCUCCUCCAUGCAAACCAGAGAAGACUUGUGUUGAAACUUUGGGUGAACACAUUAUCAAAGAGGGCCUGAGUUUAUGGCAUAAAACUCAGAAUAAAGAAGGAAAAUCUCCAGAUUUUCAGUGUGCAACAACUCCCAGCAACCAGUAUGACCCUCCCCCAGACUUUCCGCUGGAAUAUCCUCUGGAUACUUGCAAUUUCAUCCCCCCUGUGCAUCACCUAGAGAACCCUGAGAAUUUUAUGUGUGAUUCAGACUCCUGGGCCAAGGACCUGCUUGUAUCUGCAUUACUUCUGAUUCAAUACCACCUGGCCCAGGGAGGAAGCAUGGAUGCACAGAGCUUCCUUGAAGCUGCUGGUAGAACCAACUUUCCUACCAACAAGGCCCCUGUAGUUUCUGCUGAGACCAACCUUAAGUCUUCACAUAUGGAAGGUAACCAAGAAGAAACAGAGAAGAAGGACCUAAUGAGUGUUUUCUUCAACUUUAUCAGGAAUUUACUUGGUGAGACCAUUUUCAAGAAUGACUAUAGCUCUGAACCCAAGGUGCCAGAGCAAACCAUAAAGGAAGACCUAUGUGAAAGACCUGUACCCCCUUGUCCCAUCAAAAUGAGUGAAGGUGAUGAGCCUGGUGGUACUCUUGCUGGGCUGGCCAAAAUGGUCACCAGCCACAUGAAUGGGCAGAUGAUAGAACAUCUGAUGGACUCAGUGAUGAAGUUGUGUGUCAUUAUUGCCAAGUCCUGUGACUCUCCCUUGGCAGAGCUGGGAGAUGAUAAAUCUGGGGAUGCCAGCAGGCCAGCUUCAACCUUCCCAGAUAGUUUCUAUGAGUGCUUACCAGUCAAGGGCACAGGGACAGCAGAGGCUGUCUUGCAGAAUGCCUAUCAAGCUAUCCAUAAUGAAUUGAGAGGUGUAUCGGGACAGCUCCCUGAAGGGUGUGCAUCAACCAAAGUGGUUGUCAGCAAUCAGAACCUAAUUGAUACAGUUCAGAACAAGCAACUCCAAGCCGUACUUCAAUGGGUAGCUGCCUCUGAGCUCAAUGUCCCUAUUUUGUACUUUGCUGGUGAUGAUGAAGGAAUCCAAGAGAAGCUACUUCAACUUUCAGCUGCCGCUGUGGACAAAGGACGCAGCGUAGGGGAGGUUCUGCAGUCAGUGCUGCGCUACGAGAAGGAGCGACAGCUGGAUGAGGCGGUGGGAAACGUUACACGGCUGCAGCUGCUGGACUGGCUGAUGGUGAACUUGUGAUGGGAACCCACCCACUGCUUUCCGCUUUUCCAGAAGUGGGCCCAGCCUUGCCCCCUCCCUUCAUUUUCACUCCCACAGCUCCCCUCUCUAUAUCCUCACAGAGCCCUAACAUUAUCUUCAUCCCACUCACAUCAAAGACAUGUCAUCUUAUGCUAGUCACUGGAUUUUGCAGAUUUUCCUGUCCAUGCGAGCAAGGACAUAAAAUAAAAUAAAAUUACAUUA